AUGGACGUGAAGCAAAACAGGAGGACCAGCGACACCCUGCGUCGAGCUCUGGUCACUGUCGAUUCCCUCGUUACGGUUUCGACUCCUUCACUCGACGUAAAUCAAGAGACACAUUCUCAUCUACAACAGAGAGGAUCUACACGUACAACUUCGAUGGUAAGCUCGUCUGACACCUCUCUCCAUAAAUUGGCGUCGUUCGGCUAUGUUGACGAGCUUGUCAAACGACUACCGAAGACCUCCAACGAUGAGUUGAACGCAGCUGACGAAAUGGAUCGAACGAUUCUUCAUCUUGCGGUUGAAAAUAGGCAGGAGGCUAUCGUUCAGCUUCUAGUUGAUCUAAAAUCGCGUGGAUCUGAGCGCAGCUCUAGGUUUGGUUCCAGCAAAGUCAAUGUUGAUGCUACACGUAAAGACAACAAGAAACGAACGGCACUGUAUCUUGCUGUUCAGACCAAAACAAAGAGUCUAGUGGAGUUGGUCCUGCAGUUAUCUGUCGAUACAGUCAAUGUGCCUGGACCAAACGAUAGGACACCACUGCAUGUAGCGGUUUUGGAUUCUGAGCAAAAUAUUGUGAAGCUUCUGCUGAGGGCUGGAUGUACAGAAAGCACAGAAGGAGGGAAUAGCGAGUUUCCUGUCAACAAUAAACGUAAAAAGUCAUUGAAAUAUGAGGAAUUAGCAGAAGGUGGCAUGACAGGGAGAGAUCUCAGUGAACAGAAUUAUGAUUCUUCGUUCAAAUGUGAAUGUCUGCAACAUGGUGCUGAUCCUUUGGCUAAAGACAGGGAGGGUUCAACACCAGUGGGAAUGGCUGUAAGGUUUGGUUCAUUGCUACUGGUUGACAUCUUCUUUUCCUACAGAACUGAUUCAGGACUUCCAGUUGCAGAAAUGUUGGAAAGUGUUUCUGGUCCUACUCACAGCUCUUUGUUGCAUCUUGCUGUGGAAGGCAGCAAGGUUGACAUUGUUGUUUAUCUGCUGAGCAGAGGUAUCAGUAGACGAACUAAGAAUGGGUUAGGUUUGACAGCUGCUCACAUUGCAUGCUGUAAAGGGAAUGUUCCAGUUUUGCAUCAGUUAGUAUAUGCUGAUCCAUGGCUGUGCAAUGCUGCCAAUGACAGUGGCUUAACGCCUGUGCACAAAGCAGCAGAAUAUGACAACGUUGAUGCACUGAAGUUUCUACACAGCAAGGGUGCCAGUUUGUCAAGACAGACAUUGAAUGGUGUCUCACCUUUACUUAUUGCCUCUGGUUUUGGUUCAAGCAAUGUUGUUCAAGAAUUGUUGUUCUGUGGCGUUGACUACAUGGAAACAGAUGAAUGUGGUAUGAAUGUGUUGCAGUAUGCUGUUGGUCACACAACAACGCUAGAUGUUUUGAUGAAGGUGCUUCAAGACAAGCCUGGUUUUGAUAAGCUUAUAUCAGCUAAAGACAUUAGAGGUGCUACUGCUCUUCAUCAUGCUGCACAGUUUGGGCAAAAAAAGAGCGUGUCUUUGCUUGUUGAUUAUGGAGCUAGUUUCGAUGCUGUUGACAAGAAUGGUGCAACUGCGCUGCAUUUGGCUGCAGGGCGAGGGCAUGUUGGUAUUGUCAAACUGCUUUCUUCAUUUGCACCUCGACUCAUUCAUGCAGUUGAUGGAUGUGGUAGGACACCACUUCACAUAGCUUGUGUUUACGGUCGUGAAAACAUUGUAAGGACUUUGAUAACAGAUGGAGCAACAUUGACUAUGGAUCGUGAUGGACGAACUGCAUUUCAUUGUGCAGCUUUUAGUGGGUGCUUGGAUUCUAUGAAGGUUCUUUUAGCAAAUUUUCCCAUUAUUGAGGAGUCUUCCAUUGACGUUAACAGCCCUGAUAUUGAGAAGACCACAGCUCUGCAUUUAGCAGUAGCCAAGAACCAUCCUGAAGUUGUUGAGUUCUUGCUUGAUUAUGGUGCAACCAUUACAGAUGACUACAUCGGACAAAAUUGCCUUGAUUUGGCUAUUGACUUGGAACUGCCGGAUUGCUGCUUUGCCAUUGUGAAGCAUAAAAGGUGGGAAGAAACCAUGCAGCAUUAUAAAAAGACAGCUAAAGGCAAAUCAAAGUCAACUCAGCUUCAAAGGAUGGUGGAAACAAUGCCCGAAGUUGCAAGAACUGUUAUGGACCGUUGUGUGACUACCACUACAUACAAAACGACUGUAAAAAGGAAUUUCAACUUUACGUACAUGCUAGGCAUCACUGAUUCAUUGUCCCAUAUACAUGCAAAAGCAUCAGUUCGUCUUCUCAAAGCUAUGGUGAAACUGAACAACACAGCUCUUUUAUCACAUCCAUUGUGUGUAGAAUUUCUUAACAGCAAAUGGCGGAAGUUUGGAGCAGCCAUUGUUGUGGGAAAUAUUGCAAUGUAUCUUGUUUUCUUGUUACUUCUGAUGACUGUGGUGAUAUUCUUUCCUGCAUACUCUUCACAUCCUCUGGAACAUCAUCACUAUCUGGAACGUCUUCAAGACAUUCUUCAUGGAGUACAGAAGGACAACAGGACUUCUCUUAAUGAUUCUGAGAUGCAAUUGUUUUGCUACGAUAAUCAAGCACUGAGAAUUGCUUUGCUGGUAACUACUUUGAUCUGCUUGUUAAAGGAGCUAAUACCAAUGUGGUACCGAGGUCCUGCUUAUUUUAUGACGCUGCCGAAUGUUUGUGAGAUGGCAGUGUAUACAAUGACUAUGUUCUUAUUGGAUCCAUUUCAUUUGUACUUUCAUGAUUUUGACAUCCCAAAUGAACCUUGCCCGACUCUAAUUUGGGAAGUGACUGCUGUGACUGUAUUUAUGAGCUGGCUUGUUAUGCUUUUUAACAUUCGAAGGUUGCCACAUAUAGGAACUUACAUUGUGAUGAUGCUAUCUAUGGUGAAGACCAUGCUUCAGGUGAUUGUAAACAUGGUUUGUUACCUACUGCAUAAUGCUAAUGAGUGAUAAACCGUACCAACGUUUUUUGGUAUUGUUACUGAUGCUAAAUGUCAAAGGAACACUCCGGAGAACUGCGCAGCUUUUAGUGCACAGCGUAUUGCACAACCGAAAUAGCGAGGUCCGUUGAUCGAGGCUGCAUUCGCGAAGUGUU